AUGGACGGCGCGAACGGGCAUCGACCCCGACAGACCCCCGCAAGCCUGGCUGCGCUUGCCGGCGAUUUCGUGAUGUCUUACAUGAAACAUCUGCCCAGAGAGAAAUGCGAGGAUUACACGCUAUACGACAAAACCACAAAUGAAUGCAGAAACAUGUCUGCUGCAGUUGGAGUUGAAACGGAAAAUCUGGACUGUCCUCCUGACACUGUGCCAUACUCCAACUCGUGUUACAUCCUCAUGGACCAGCCUACUGACUACAUGACUGCCAGGAAGAUAUGCGAGAGUGGUGGGGGAUAUCUUGUAGUCGUUAAAGAUGAGGCGGAGCACCAGUUCCUCAUCGGUCACCUCAACUCUACAGUAGACAUCUGGAUCGGUCUGGACGACAUCAGCAAUGAAGGGACGUUCAUGUACAACGAUGGGAGUCCACUGGGAGCCUUCACGAAAUGGGCACCCGGUGAACCUAACGAUGGCGCAGGUGACCAAGACUGUGUUCAUCUGUGGCCCCUGGCUGGGAUGGCAUGGGAUGACACCAUAUGUACCAAAGGGAAGCUCUUUGUGUGCGAGUUUGAGAAGUAGCUUAUACGUGUUAGUGUGCUUUGUUUGUUUGUUACUUAAGUUAGCAGAAUGGGUUAAUUUUUGUUCUGUAUGCAUGUCUUCUCUUAUAAAGAACAGCAGAUACCUUCAAGGUCCAUAUAUAGAAUGAUGCCACCAUUAGAUGUCGAAUGAGUACCCAGACAACUCUAUAAUUUCCAGUAAUUUUCUGGAAGAACUAAUUUUCCAAUUAUGAUAUAGUAAUGUAGUUGUGAUGCAUUGAAACAAAAGCUAGUGUUUACUGGUAUGUGGAGUCUAAUUACUUUUGCCACCUAGAAUCGUUUGCAUACAGUUUAUAAAAAAAGACAAUAUAUUUUUUUCAACUUUCAAUCAGAUUAUCAUCACUGUGAUGGAUGGUAAAGUACAAUUGUGUAGUUGGCCCUGUUUCCAUUUAAUUACCAGGAGAUGGAUAUGAACUGAGUGCACUAACGAAAGUUCGAUCGCUUCUAAAGAACAAAUAUGGUAUAUGAUUUUAAAGUCUGGCUAUUUCUGCAAUCUAGGCGCCAUGGUUUUAACGUGCUGCUGACUCUAAAACUUCAGGUUUCCUUUUUUUUAUAGUAAUCACGAUGUGAAGUGCAGAAAGAAAAUAGUUAAGAUGUGUGAAUAAAUAAUCUGUUGUAAUGAUUUUGUGACAAUAUUGAGUAGGAAGUUAUUCCAUAUAAUAUGGAUCAUCUGAAGGAUUCUUCCUGUUUCACACAAAAAUUUACAAAAAUUAUAUGAAAGUACAGUGACAAGAGCAGUUAAGCUUGAGGUGUUGUUUUGUCUUUCUCCACACUUACGUUUUUGACGAGUUUUUGACAAUUUAUGCCUUACCACUCAAAUGCUAUGGCAUUAAAGAUCAUUAAAUGACAAUUACCAAUGGGGAUGUUUGUUUUUCUUUUGCCUACUCAAAAAGCAUGCCAUUGUACAAAGCGAUUUUCUUGUUAUUCAUAACAAAAUACGUGUGCACUUGAUAAAUUAAUGAUGGAAAUACCAUUAAUGAAAUAUUCGACUGUUUGUGCUCAAUGCCGCAAAAAAGGGCGUAAGUUAUCUUUUAACCUGACCUCCCAACUUUGAUGUAAUAUAUUGUUAUUUGCUUGCUGUAUUCAAGAACUUUCAACAGGAAGUGGAGGACAAUACCCAUGAAAUAGUGCCAGACCAUAAAAAUAUCACCAAAAGCUCAUUGGUGCUGAAAUAUUUUUUUAAUCACUUUAAGGCUCUAAGUACAAGCCCCAGAAACAUUUUUGUGACACAAUUGUGGUAUCUAUGUAUUCAGGAAUCGGCAUAAAACCACCUCGUUCGCUCA